AUGGAUCCAGAGCAGACAUUUAUACGAGUUCAAGAAAGGUUUUCUCAGAUGCUAACCCCAAGAGUCAGGGCUGCUUUGGAGUAUAUAUAUUUGUUCAUUGCCAUCACUCUUUUUUGCAUUCUUGUUGUUAUGCACGCUAAUUAUGUCCAGCAGCCUGGAUGUUCAAGUCAGCUAUCUGGAGUUGAAACACGGGAAGCCCAGCUUAUUCAAAUCAAGAUAACUAGUGCAGGUUUGUGGUCACAGAAUGAGUCUGAAUCAAAUGUGUUUAUUGAUGAUGGUGGUGGUCAUGAUGAUGUUCCUGAUGAGCAUGUGGUCACUACUGUAACCGAUAAUCAAGUUGAAUUGCCGAUUGCCGAUCAGGGAGAUGGAGGAGACAUUUUUUUGGCUGCAAAGUUGUGGUUUAAUUGGAUUGGUUCUGGUGCUCGCAAGGGCAAACUGGAUUUCAAGUUCUGGAAGACUACUGAUCCUGAUAAUGUUCCUGCUGCGGCUGCUGCUGCUGCUACUAAAACUGAUAAGCUAGACACACGCAAUAGUUUUCCUAUAUCAGCUAAGGAAACUGUUAAAGCAGCCGUCAUUCAUUUUGGCAAAAAGUGGCAUCGCCGUCUAUCUUUCAUUUGGAGACAUGUAAAGCAAAUCUUGCGAGGUUUCCAGAAGCUGUGGGAUAUUACAGGCAUACAUUUAAACCUUGAUGUUCCUAAGUGGAUGAGAAUACUUUACUUGGACAGGCUUAACUCUUAUGCUGAUUUAGCUGUGGAACUGAAUAUGCCAUUCUUUCAGUGGCUUCAGAAAGCAACCGAAGUAAAGUAUUUUCUCUUUGCUAAACCUGAACUAGUGAUUAUAGUCUGUGGUGGAAUAUGUUUAAUAGUUGUGCUAUCUAUUUCAGUGCAAUGGCUGGAGAAGAAGAGCAAAGCAUUUGAACCAACUUAUUUAUACACCAUGGAAAAGGGUUUCUUCUUGCUACCCGAAGAAGCAAAAUCUAGGCAUAAUAUACGCACUGUUAACAUUAGUAUAUCAGCCCGGCAUCCCUGCUUUGGAAACAGUGCCAUAGUGCCUGCUUAUGAAGCAAUUUUCCCAUCAGCAAAAAAGCUGAAGUUAAUUUCCGAGGACCUCUGUAGGGAUAUGAGGGAUUUACUUUCAGCUCCCUUGGUUAAACAACUUCUCAUAAACAGAGUUGUUGGAUAUGACACCAUACUGAUGAAUAGUUUAUUGAGUUCUCCUGGUCAAGGGUACCUUUAUAACUUCCAAACAAAAGAGCUUUAUAAUCUUAGUUAUGCACAUGAGCCGCAGGAAGGUCAUGCAAGCUGUGGAGACUAUCUUGUGACCAAGUGCGGUGUGCUUAUGAUGUCACUGUUUGUUUUCUUCACCACCACGAUGUCAGUAUCGUUUACAUUAAGAGAGACACAAACUCGCAUGCUGAAAUUUACAGUGCAGCUUCAACACCAUGCUCGACAUCGGCUGCCAACCUUCCAGCUGAUCUUUGUGCAUGUGAUUGAGUCACUUGUAUUUGUACCUAUAAUGAUUGGCAUCUUAUUUUUCCUGUUCGAGUUUUACAGUGAUCAGCUAUUGGCUUUCAUGGUCUUAAUCCUUGUUUGGUUGUGUGAACUGUUCACACUGAUCAGUGUCCGCACGCCAAUAUCAAUGAAGUUUUUUCCUCGUUUCUUCUUGCUAUAUUUUCUGGUUUUCCACAUCUACUUCUUUUCCUACGCUUAUGGUUUUUCAUAUUUGGCUCUCUCCACAGCUGCAGCAUUUAUGCAACACCUCAUUCUAUACUUCUGGAACCGUUUUGAGGGCUCUUCUCAGGUACCAACUCUCCAAAGGUUCAUGCAAAACCGGCGUUCACAGCUUCAGCAACACCCAGACUUCCAUAUCACCUCGUCUACCAUCCUUGCAUCGACUUUACACAUCACUAGAUUGAACACUAGGAACCAAGGUUCAUUCAAUGCAGACAUGGCCUCUGGGCCUGCAUUAAGACCUGGUUCUGGCCAAGCAAUACCCACCAAUGGAAUAGGGGAUCCUGGGCUUGGACAACCCUUGGAAAAUGACAACCCAGAAAGAGUAGCCAACCCUAUGCAGAAUCCAGGUCAGGUGGAUCUUCGGCAAUCAGAAACCGGUCCCAACUCCGGGUCCCUGAAUUCGUUUAGUUCACUGUUGUUAUGGAUCUUAGGUGGGGCUUCUUCUGAAGGUCUUAACUCAUUCCUUUCCAUUUUUAGAGAUGCGAGAGACCAAGGACAGGUUUAUGCUGAAACUCCCGGACCCGAAAACCGUGCAACUCAAGAUGUUGCACAACAAUAG